AUGAAUCCGCAAGAUAGUGGAUAUCUGAGUUCCAGUCCGCCUCUGGAUACGAUCUAUUCUUACGGGUGUUCAAAGCAGAAAAAGGCGCUUGCUAAACCCGAAGAAUCUUAUGUAGCUCUUAUUGCUCAAGCUAUUUUAUCAUCGUCGACGUAUCAAAUGUUACUUGUGGAUAUUUAUGAUUGGAUUAUUCAUCGAUAUCCUUACUUUGCAACAUUACAUAGUAAAGCCUGGCGAAACUCUAUUCGACACAAUUUAUCUCUCAAUGAAUGUUUUAUUCGACAGAGAAAAGCAGAAAGCGGUCGUGGUUAUUACUGGAGCAUUCAUCCGGCCUCACUCGAUGCAUUUCUACGAGGUGAUUUUCGCCGCCGACAAGCGCGUCUUCGAGCAAAACAUGCAAAUAAUUCAUCAAGCCAACCUGUACCUUGGAUAACGAAUACCAAUGCAUCAAUGGACUGUUCAUUCCAACCGGAACAAAACUAUCAUUAUUGA